AUGGGGUGGUAUUGGCAAGUUACCAGCUUCGCGCUGUUGUUUGUAUCGACAGCAGCCAAGGAGCUCUCUGAUGUUUCGUACCGAGAUACCGCACCACACGACCUUGACUCUCAUGCCGACAAGCUUCAGCAGGAUGAUUCACAACCGGAUCUCACACAAUACGACGACUAUGGCCUCUUCGAGGAAGAUGAAAAUGCCAUAAUCGCUGCUAGAGACUUCGAACGAACUGCAUCUCAAUCAACCAUCGUGUCGGUGACGUCGCUACCUAAAUGUGUGGAUAUCGGUAUCACAUGGUCUGAUGGCGCGACUUGGAAACGCGACAAUUGCACACUGUGCCAGUGUUUCGCUGGUCGAGUUAACUGUUCGGUGAUGCCCUCCUGCCUUACAGGGUUAGCAGGACAAGGCGCUUUUGUACCAACGGGUACAUUACGAGGGGCACCUGGAGCAGCCGGGGACAAUGGCCCGCCCGGACCACCUGGCUUACCUGGUGUCAAUGGAGUCCCCGGUUCACCCGGGUUUCCAGGACCCACUGGUCAAAUGCCUGAUGUAAAUGCAUACUUAGCACAAAUGGCGGCUUCAGCAGGAGGCGAUAAAGGGCCACCCUUUGAUCCAUAUCAGUACAUGCAGGCUUCAGUGGGUGCUCCAGGCAUUAGAGGAAUUGCAGGUCCGCAAGGCCCGCCCGGUCCACAAGGAUUCCAGGGCCCUAGGGGUGAAACAGGUGAGCCAGGACUACCUGGACCAAUAGGACCACCAGGUGAAAGAGGUCCACAGGGAUUACCUGGCAAAGAUGGAUCUCCCGGUGAGGACGGCGAGCCAGGCCCCGCGGGAGCAGUAGGACAGCCAGGAACUCGGGGCUCCCCAGGUAUUCCUGGCAUACAGGGACUAAAAGGACACAGAGGCUUUGAUGGAAAAGAUGGUGCCAAGGGAGAUCAAGGCUUGCCAGGAGAAAAGGGCCCUACAGGAAUGCCUGGACCAAUGGGCCCAACAGGACCUGUAGGCCCUAUUGGUGCCAGAGGUGAAAGAGGACGUGAGGGUGCUCCAGGUGCCCCAGGCAUGCGUGGAGCCGAUGGUGCUCCUGGACCACCAGGAUUAAUGGGCAACAUUGGAAAACCAGGAUCACCAGGUUUUCCUGGAGCCCCAGGUUUGAAGGGUGAACAGGGUGCAUCUGGACCUAAAGGUAGUCAAGGAUUGCAAGGACCGCGCGGAGAAGCAGGGCGCCCCGGUCAACCUGGUGAUGUUGGAGCUUCUGGUAUUCCUGGACGUGAUGGCGUACCUGGAGAAAAGGGUGUGCAAGGGCAACCAGGAGCUUCUGGCCCUCAAGGUUUCCCAGGACCCAGGGGCUUACCUGGAGUUGCUGGAGAAGCAGGGAUACCUGGGAGUAAAGGAAUGCCAGGUCAACCAGGGGAAAGAGGUCAAAAAGGAGAUUCAGGUAUAAGGGGAGAGUCUGGUGCUCCAGGGCCUCGAGGCCUCCCUGGUACCAUGGGCCCCGAAGGCAAACGUGGAAAGAGGGGUCUCAGAGGGCCAGCUGGUAAUGUCGGACCCUCAGGUGAAAGAGGCUUACAAGGCGUGAGAGGCCUGCCAGGUUCAGAUGGUCCUGUUGGGGCUAAAGGUCAACCUGGAGAGAGGGGAAGUGUUGGAUUUCCGGGGGCAAAAGGAAGUUUGGGCGAUGCUGGCCGGCCUGGGCCGCAGGGGAUGCAAGGUCUUAGAGGACCUGUAGGUCGUCCAGGAAUACCAGGCAAAACAGGGCCUCAAGGUGAAAGAGGUAUUCCUGGUGCAGAUGGCAGGCCUGGUGAACAAGGAUCUCAGGGCAUACAAGGUGCACCUGGUCUCAGGGGAAGUCCAGGAGAACGAGGUUUACAAGGUGAGGCUGGAAAAGACGGAGAGCCAGGUCAACCAGGACCACACGGACCAAAAGGUGAUGCUGGACGGGAUGGCAAUCCUGGUAUUCAGGGGCCUCAGGGUAUUGCUGGUCCAUCAGGCGAUAGAGGCCCGUCUGGUCCAGCUGGACCAACAGGCUUUCCUGGUAUGCCCGGAGCUGCUGGCUUACCUGGAUCUCCAGGUAAGGAAGGAGAGCCUGGGAUGGCAGGUCCCGCUGGACCACCUGGGCCAUCUGGACCUCGUGGAGAGAGAGGAUUUAUGGGCGAACGAGGGCAGCCUGGUCAACCUGGAACUUCAGGAGAAAAGGGAGAAACUGGCGCUCAAGGACCUGAUGGCCCUCCGGGUCCAGAAGGUCUUAGAGGUAGCAAAGGUCAUCCUGGUCCCAUGGGCGCAAUGGGUAUGCCCGGACCGCGUGGUCUGACCGGUGCACCGGGUGAUAAAGGUGAAAGGGGCGCUGUUGGUCCUACUGGCAAUGAUGGUCCACCAGGCCGUCAAGGUGAACAGGGCCCGCAAGGCCCUAUUGGACCGGUAGGCCCAGCAGGGGAACCAGCUGAGAGAGGAGAGCCGGGUAGCCCUGGAGUUCCCGGCGAACCAGGAGCCAAUGGUUCACAAGGAGAAAGAGGCCAGCCUGGUUCACAGGGUGCUCCCGGAUUAUCAGGCCCACCAGGUUUACCUGGCAUGCCAGGGGCAAAAGGUGAAAGAGGUUAUGGAGGCUUAAAAGGACAGCAAGGAUCUCCGGGAAGCCCAGGUAAACAGGGUGAAAUGGGUCAGCGUGGUCUACCAGGUUUAGCCGGGGCUAAAGGUGCCCGCGGGGAACAAGGAGCAAAGGGAGAAACAGGACAUGCUGGUUUACCAGGACGACCUGGUGAUGUGGGACCAACGGGUCCACAAGGCAGUACAGGUCCAGCUGGGCAAGCAGGUAUUCCAGGUGCUAAGGGAGCGACAGGAGAUUCUGGCAGACCUGGUGCUCCAGGGCCUAUUGGCCUUACAGGGCCUCAGGGUCCUGAAGGCCACAAAGGAGAACGAGGCAGUGAAGGAGAACAAGGGCCGCAAGGUUUGAGUGGCCCACCUGGACCAGCUGGUGAAAGAGGCCCUAUUGGAUUGCCUGGUAUUGUUGGGCCAAUUGGGCCGCAAGGACCUCGAGGGCAACAGGGCGAAAGUGGCGCACCUGGGAAGUCUGGUGUAGACGGAGCUCCAGGACAACAAGGAACACCCGGUCUUCAAGGCCCCCCUGGACCGAUGGGUGAACCUGGACCAGAGGGUAGGCCUGGUAAACAAGGACAACCUGGUAUUUCAGGACGGCCAGGAGACAAGGGACCUCUUGGACCUCCAGGGGUAUCAGGACCUGCCGGACAACCUGGACUUCAGGGACCACCAGGACCAUCGGGACCUGCCGGUGCGGCAGGAGAACGUGGACCUAGAGGUGAAAGCGGUCCACCAGGAGUGGAUGGUCCUUCUGGACCGCCUGGCGCAAUGGGGCCGUCUGGACUUGACGGAGCGAAAGGAGAACGUGGCGAAGCUGGUUCUGAUGGUGCUAAAGGUCAUGCUGGAUUACCGGGAUUGCCUGGAAUGGUGGGAGCUCCAGGAAGACCGGGAGAAAGAGGUUUUUUGGGUCCUAUGGGUCCGCCUGGAAAAGAUGGUGAAGUUGGACCGCGAGGCUUACCUGGCCGUGAUGGAAAUGCUGGACAGCAAGGACCUCCUGGCCAAAUUGGAGGCCGAGGUCCACCUGGAGAACCUGGCAGACACGGAUCUCCUGGACCAGCUGGACCCCCAGGACCCCCAGGGCCACCUGGAGAAGGGCUGGCUUAUGAUGCUGCUGCUUUAUCCGCUAUGCUUCAACAAGGUUCUGUGAAAGGUCCAGAUCUAUUAGGUGAUGAUCCAAAUAUGCUACCUGCUCGCUUCUUUAAAGAGGACAUGACUCCAUCAGAGCGUAAAGAGGUCGUGAUGAAAGCCUAUGAACGAUUGAAAGUUUCUCUGGACAAGUUCCUCAAACCAGACGGAUCUAAGGAAGCUCCAGCGAAGACUUGCGCUGAUAUCAAGUAUCAUCACCCGAGCUUCGAGAGCGGUCAAUACUGGAUCGACCCUAACGGUGGUGAAAUCAAUGAUGCUAUCAUAGUCCACUGUGAAAUGGAGACUGGAAGCAGCUGUAUAUUCCCUAAGCCGAUGCAGUCCAAAGAUAUUUCAUACAGUGGCACGGAACACGAACCCUGGUUAAGCGAGAUGGAAGAAGGCAUUACUGUUUCAUAUAAAGCAGAGCAUUCUCAGCUGACGUACCUACAACUGAUGUCGACGAAAGCGGUGCAAAACGUUACCCUCCACUGUCGCAACACUAUAGGGUACUACGAUCCUAUGACCAACAACUACCGACGCGGCCUCAAGUUGUUGGCCUUCAACGAUGCAGAGAUAAUGCCUAAGGCCAACAACAGACUCAGAUAUAAGGCCUUAUUGGACGAAUGCCAGCACAAGAGUCAGGACUGGGCGAGAACCAUCGUAGAGUACGAAACUGACAAACCUGGCCGUCUGCCUCUCCUCGAUGUGGCGAUCCGUGACGUGGGAAGACCUCAGCAAAUGUUCAGGGUUGAAAUUGGAUUAGCAUGUUUUUCUUAA